AUGGCAACGCCAGUGUUGACAAAAGAAGCAGCUGAGAAGACUGCGCGAUCUAUUUUUGUAGGUAAUAUACCAUACGAGGCAACAGAAGAAAAGCUUAUUGAACUGUUUGGCAAGGCUGGUCCCGUAAUUGGUUUCCGUUUGGUGUAUGACAGAGAGUCGGGAAAACCCAAAGGCUAUGGAUUUUGUGAGUACAACAAUCCAGCUAUCGCUGCAAGCGCCCUUAGAAAUCUCCAAAAUAUCGAAUUCAAUGGCCGUCCGUUGCGUAUUGGACCAGCUGCCGGAGAACAAAACUCUGCUGAAUUAGCUUUGAGUAACCCUGCUGUUGGACCACCACUUGAAAGUCCAUAUGGUGACAGUAUUGAUCCACAAGGUGCUCCAGAGGCCAUUAGUCGAGCAGUUGCUAGUUUACCACCUGAACAGAUGUAUGAGCUGAUGAAGCAGAUGAAAUUAUGCAUACAAAACAACCCAAACGAAGCGCGGAAUAUGCUUCUACAGAAUCCACAGUUGGCAUAUGCUUUACUCCAGGCUCAAAUCGUUAUGAAGAUAGUUGAUCCCAAGGUAGCUAUUGCAAUGUUGAACCGUAGUCACGACCAAAUCCCUCCAGCUAUGCCAGAUGAAGAUAUGACUCCUAAGGGACCACCUAUGACUUUUCCUGGACACUUAAAUCAACCACAACCUCCAAUGGGUCCCAAUCCUCCUGGAAAUCACAUGAUGCCUUUGUCUUCGCCCGGAGCUCACUUACCACCAUCCGGUUUCCCUCAUCACGGUGGUCCAGCACCUGUACCACACCCAAAUCACUUCGGUGUUGAUCAACACCCACCACGCAGUCAAGCACCACAAGGAGUUCCUCAGAAAUUUUAUCCGCCUAAUAUGCCACCUAAUGGGUACCCUUCAAAUUCUGCUGCUCCACCACCUCAACCUCCAUUCGACUAUCCUCCUGGUCAAGCGCAACCACCUAAUAUGUCAGGACAACAAUCACACUUCAAUCCCAAUCCACCUCCCGUUCGACCACCACCUCCUCAAAUCACACCUGCAGUUGCUGCAGCCGCCGCUGCUAGUAUGGGACCUAACAGUCUUCUAGCAGGACAAGGAGAACAAGAAAAAGUUACACUUAUAAUGCAAGUUCUUCAACUGUCAGAUGAACAACUUACACUUUUACCUGAAGAUCAACGACGUAGUAUUAUGAUAUUAAAGGAGCAACUCGGUAAAACAGGAGCGAUUUAA